AUGAGUCCUCUAGAAUUUCAACCAACGCCGGAGAGCAUUCCCCCUCCCAACGUCCAAUACCGCCUCCAGCUCGCCCCGUCGACGGCCGUUAACUAUACUCCACUUAAUCCGAUCAGCUUUAUCCUUCGCGCUGCUCUCAUUUACCCGAAUCAUGUCGCGCUUUCGCAUCGCAACGUAGCGACUCCGGUUGAAUAUACAUACGCCGUGUGGGCUCAGAGAGUACAGAAUUUGGCAUAUGGAUUGAUCAAGGCUGGUAUCGAACCUGGCGACCGCGUUGCGGUAAUCGCCCCCAAUUAUGCCCAUAACGGCGUACUAGCAGCACGAGCUGUGCUCGUCUGCAUCAACACACGCCUCGUCAAAUCGGACAUUGAAUAUAUCCUCUCUCACUCGGGCGCCAAACUCGUUUUGGUCGACCACGAGUACGCGGGGCUCGUCAAAGAUUGCCCGGUGCCCGUCAUCGUCUCACGCGAUACUGGGCGUGCUGGAGAUCCAUACGAAACGUUUCUCAGCGAGGGAAGGAGAUUUUCGCGCGAACGCGGAUGGGCGGGUCUCCAGCUAGAAGAGGAAGAGACUGCUAAUGCAACAUUGAAUUAUACGUCUGGAACCACGGGACGGCCUAAAGGUGUGAUGGCGACGCUUAGGGGCUCCUACUUGGCUGCAAUCUCCAAUGCGUAUGAGUCAAAACUGAAUAUCAACUCGGUGUACCUCUGGGUGCUUCCUAUGUUCCAUGCCUCUGGGUGGACAUAUCCCUGGGCACUGACGUUUGCCAUGGCGAAACAAGUUACGAUCAGAACGGUGGACUAUAAAGCAAUUUGGGGUCAUUUCUUGUAUUCGGGUGUGACACACUAUUGUGGCGCGCCUACAGUUCAGAUAUCAAUCGUGAAUUCACCAGAGGCAAAGCGACUGAAGACCCCUAUUACCGCCGUCAUAGCCGGAGCAGCGCCGACUGCUGCCUUGCUCGAAGCGCUCGAGAAUCUCAAUUUUCAAGUAAAUCACGUCUAUGGCCUUACAUUGGCAGUACUCGAAACUUACAUUCCUAAGACAUAUGGCCCAUUUACAAGGAACUACGAUAGACCGGAGUAUAAAAGCCUCGGGCUUGAGGAGCGUGCGCGGAUUCUGUCUAGGCAAGGCCAUGCCUUCGCCCAAGCCGACGAAGUCCGCGUUGUGCAAAUAGAUGAGGAGGGGAAGCGUAAGCCAGGACUCAUCGACUGUGACUUUAUGCAACCAGGCGAAAUUGUCACGCGCGGCAAUAUUUAUUAUCGGGACCCCAAAGCCACUGAAGAGGCGUUCAGAGGCGGUUAUUUUGCCACUGGUGAUGUUGCGGUCAAAUUCCCCGACGGUAGUAUCUCCAUCCGCGAUAGAUCCAAAGACUUGAUCAUUAGUGGUGGAGAAAAUGCAUCGAGUCUGGCAAUCGAGCAAGAACUCUCGCUCCAUCCCGACGUGCUUGAAGUCUCCGUAGUUGCACGAAAGCAUGAAAAAUGGGGAGAAAGGGCAAUGGCGUUUGUGAUCUUGCACCAAGAGGCAGUCCAGAAAUGGAAAGGCCGAGAGGAUGAAUUCCAGAAAGAUCUUAUCAAUUUCGUCAAGGGCAAGCUCCCAGGUUUCGCCCAGCCAGCGUGGGUCGAGUGCGUCUCUGAACUACCCAAGACUUCGACAGGCAAGAUACAAAAGACUGUACUUCGACAACGAGCUGCCAAACUUUGA